AUGGGUGGCUCAUCGUGGGUGGCCUUUUUGGUACUUUUUCUGCAGUUGUGUCAGGUCUUUGCAGGCAGGGAUUUCUAUAAAAUUCUUGGGGUACCAAAAAAUGCCAACACGAACCAAAUUAAAAAAGCUUAUAGAAAGUUAGCCAAAGAAUUACAUCCAGAUAGGCAUAACGGAGAUGCAGUAGCCCAUGAGAAGUUCCAGGAUUUGGGAGCUGCUUACGAGGUGCUCAGCGACCCCGAGAAAAGAAAGGUUUAUGACAGGCAUGGUGAAGAAGGUGUUGCUAAAAUGGCUGGAGAUAGCGGAGGGCAUGAUCCUUUUUCAUCAUUCUUUGGUGACUUCUUUGGUGGUGGUCAUUUUCAGUCAGAAGGUACACCUAAAGGUGCUGAUGUUGUCGUCGAUCUUUGGGUUACUCUCGAAGAAGUUUACAAUGGAAACUUUGUUGAAGUGAAAAGGACAAAGUCUAUCUACAAACCAACGUCUGGGACGAGGCAGUGUAACUGUCACCACGAGAUGCGAACGGAACAAAUGGGUGCUGGGAGGUUUCAGAUGUAUCAGGUCAAAGUUUGCGAUGAAUGUCCCAAUGUAAAACUUGCGAACAUUAACUGCAUAUUUGAAAUUUCUAUUAUUUUAAGCGUUGAGGUCGAAGUAGGAGCGGAAGAGGGUCAGGAGCAAGUUUUUGUUGGGGAAGGCGAACCACAUAUUGAAGGCGAUCCUGGUGACUUGAAAUUCGUAACACGCAUUAAGAAACACCCCCGGUUUGAAAGACGUGGGAUGGAUUUGUUCACAAAUGUUACUAUAUCACUGCAACAGGCAUUGUCUGGUUUUGAAAUUAAAAUUCGUCACCUAGACGGCCAUGAUGUUACCGUGACAAGGGAUAAAAUAACAUGGCCUGGAGCGAAGAUUAGGAAGAAAGAUGAAGGCAUGCCAUCUUUCACUGACACAACAACCAAAGGAGUUUUGUACGUAACGUUUGAUGUCGAGUUUCCUCGGGGAGAGCUGACUGCAGAAGAGAAGGCUGCAGUUGCAUCAUUGCUCAAGCAAGAUAGCGUUAAGCCAAAGAUAUAUAAUGGACUUCAAGGGUAUUAA